AUGGACUAGGAUUCUAUGUGUUAGACACACAACCAACCCACUAUAGGAUAUUAUUAUGAUUAGAAAGAUAAGCCUCAUCAUUUCUGUAGUGAUUGUGAUCUUGUUAAUGUAAAAUAUUCAAUUAAAUUUAAUAGUUACCUAGUCGUAUAUAUUAUUAUUUAGAAAUUAUCAAUGAUAAGUCUAAGAUCAAUGAUUAGAAAUAAAAAUAUAUGUAAGUUUUCACUUAACUAAGUUAACAAUACCUGAAUUCAAUAAAAAGUAUUAAUAAAAAAUUGCAAAAUUUGAUGGAAAAAAAAGAAUCAGAAUGCAUAGAUUUUGACAAAGAAUUAAAAAAGAUGGAAGAAGCAGUUUAAAAUAAAGUUUCUCUAACAAACGGUCAAAUUACAAAGUUAUAAGAUUUUUAGAACUAUAAUAUAAAUUUAGUAUAUAACGACAUUUAUACUCUAUGCAAUCAAUAUUUUGAAGAUCAUUAUCAGAAUAUUUAUAACACUUCUUAAGGUAAUAUUUAAUCUUUAUUUACAGCAAUGUAAAACGACAUACCUUAGUUGUUAAAUACUAUAUUGAUUAAUAAUUCUGAUCAAAAAAAUUUAGCUUUAUACAAUCUGAAACUUAACUUAUUUAUUAACAAAUAGGUUCAAUCUCUGAAAAAUAGGAUUUAAGAAAUUUUUUUAAAGAAUGCUGAAAAAAUAAAUCAAGAGUAAGAUAAAACAAAAAGAGAUGAAUUUUAUUUUUAAAUUGAAUCUGAUAAGUACUAUAUUAGAGAUAUUUCCUAACUAAUUAUUGAUAUUCGAGAUUAUAUAGACAUAAGUUCAAAAAAUAUAUUUUAUCAGUCUGAUAUUGAGAAAUAAUUAAAUGAUUAUAAAAGUGCUGAAGCUUAAAAUAAUGAUUAAACUGAAAAUAAUGAUACUUUUAUAAUUUUUAGUGAGGUUGAUGAUUUCUAUAUUUAGAAUGAAUAGCUAGAAUGA